AUGACUACCAAGUUGAAGAAGACCAGAAAGCUUCGAGGACAUGUAAGCCAUGGUCAUGGCCGUGUCGGUAAACACAGAAAGCAUCCUGGUGGCCGUGGUAACGCUGGUGGUCAGCAUCACCACAGAAUCAACUUUGACAAAUACCAUCCUGGUUACUUUGGUAAAGUGGGUAUGAGAUACUACCACAAGACCUUAAACAAAUUCCACUGCCCAUCCAUCAAUGUGGACAAGCUGUGGUCCCUGUUGAGUGAACAAUCUAGAGCCAAAUAUCUGGACCAAGUUUCUGAGAAGGCUCCAGUCAUUGAUGUAGCCCAGGCUGGUUAUUACAAGGUUUUAGGCAAAGGUCACCUGCCCAAGAGACCUGUGAUUGUCAAGGCCAAGUUUUUCAGCAAAGUUGCCGAAAGGAGAAUUAAGGAAGUUGGCGGUGCCUGCGUACUGAUUGCUUAA